AGUCAAGUCUCAACAUGGAGCACGAGACGAUUGACUUUGAGCAAGGAUGGGACGACAUGCAACCUAGUAUCACUAAACUAAAACGGUUUGUGGAAGGACUUCCUGAAUCUUCAUUUGAUGCUAGUGACUAUAUGAUGCUUUACACAAGUGUCUACCGCAUGUGCAUCCAGAAACCUCCUUGUAAUUACUCACGGCAGCUUUAUAACAAGUAUGGUGAAGUAAUUGAGGAUUAUAUUAACUCAACAGCUUUGCCUGCAUUAAGGGAGAACCAUGACGAUGAAUAUAUGCUGCUGCAGGAGCUGGUUAAAAGAUGGUCUAACCAUAAAAAGAUGGUUAAAUCCCUAUCCAAGAUCUUCCACUAUCUUGAAUAUUCCUUCAUUCCUUUCAGUUCAUUCGCACCACUGAAAGAAGUUAGCCUGGCAUGCUUCCGUGACCUGGUUUAUAACAAGCUUCAACUCAAGGUCAAAGAAGCUGUAGUAUCACUAGUUGAUAGAGAGCGAGAAGGGGUGGAUAUUGAUAGGGUGCUAAUGAAGAACGUAUUAGAGUUUUAUGUAGAGAUUGGAAUGGGAGAGAUGAAAAUAUACGAACAAGAUUUCGAGAGCUUCUUUCUUGAAGAUACAACGUCUUACUAUUCUUCCAAGGCAUCAAGAUGGAUUCAAGAAGAUUCUUUUUCUGAUUACACUCUCAAGGCCGAAGAAUGCAUAAAGAAGGAGAAGGAGAGCGUGACUAAUUACCUUCACUCAAGCAGUGUGCCAAAGCUGGUUAAGGUAGUAGAACAUGCGUUGUUGGUAGUGCGUGGAAGUCAACUUCUUGAAAAGAAGCACUCAGAGUUCAGUGAGAUUGUGCAGAAGCUUGUCACAGACGCAGAUGGUGAAGAUACGGCUACUAAGGUACAAGUUCUUCUCAGAAACAUUAUUGAGAUGCAUGAUAAAUACAUGGUCUAUGUCACUGGUAGUUUCCAAAACCAAAACCUCAUUUACAACACUUUUAAAAAGGCAUUUGAGAGUUUCUGUAUCAAAAUAACCUCUGGAAGCUACUCAAGGGAUGAAUUACUGGCAACAUUCUGCGACGGAAUUAUCUUAAAGAAUUGGGGAAGUGGGGAGCUGAGUGAUGAAGGUGUUGAGAAGGUGGUCAAGUUCCUUGCUUGCAUAAGUGAUGAAUGGGAUAUUUUUUCAGAGCUUUACAGAAAGAAGCUGGCCCGUAGGCUCUUAUCGAACCGUGGUGCAAAUGAUGAUCAUGAGAGAAGUAUCCUAACAAAGCUCAAGCAACAAUUUGGUGGGAGUUUCACUUUUAAGAUGGAGGGAAUGUUGAAGGAUAUGAUAUUGUCAAGAGAAAACCAAAACAGUUUCAACGAGUAUGCAGCCAAUAAUGCAAAACCAGGGAUUGGUUUGACCCCGAAUUACAAGACGUUUGACAUAAAUCUACCCAGUGAAAUGGUCAAGUGUGUUGAAGAAUUCAAAGACUUCUAUGAAAUGAAAACGAGAAGCAGGAAACUUACAUGGAUCCACUCACUAAGAACUUGUCACAUUAAUGGAAAGUUUGAUCAAAAGCCUAUUGAACUGAUUGUGUCUACUCACCAGGCUGUUCUGCUUCUGCUUUUCAACACAAGAGACAAACUGAGUUACACUGACAUCCAAAGUCAGCUGAACCUAAGCCAUGAGGAUCUAGUGUGGCUGCUUCAUUCCUUGUCAUGUGCUAAAUACAAGAUUCUUAUCAAGAAGCCAAGCACAAAGACUGUUUCCAAGACUGAUGUUUUUGAGUUCAACUCCGGAUUCACUGUUGGAAUGCGCAGAAUAAAGAUCCCUCUCCCUCCUGUUGAUGAAAGGAAGAAAGCCUCCGAAGAUGUGGAUAAAGACAGGCGCUAUGAAACUGAUGCUGCCAUUGUCAGGAUCAUGAAGGGAAGGAGGAUCCCUCUCCCUCCUGUUGAUGAAAGGAAGAAAGCCUCCGAAGAUGUGGAUAAAGACAGACGCUAUGAAACUGAUGCUGCCAUUGUCAGGAUCAUGAAGGGAAUGAGGGUUUUGGGAUAUCAACAACUUGUUUCUGAGUGUGUCCAGAAACUUAGCCUGAUGUUCAAGCCUGAUAUUAAAGAGAUCAAGAAACGUAUCAAGGAUUUAAUAGCCAGAGACUAUUUGGAGAGGGACAAGGAGAAUCCUACCAUGUUU